CGGGCUAUCUCGAAUAUGUUAAGUGUGUGUAAAAGAUGGCAUAUGCAACAUCUCAAUUUAAGUAUAACUUGCAGAUACUUAAGGAAAAUAGCAUAACGAGGAACAUUCCUGAUAUCUGGUUAAGGAAGAUUGCAACGAUGACUCUUGCAUGGGAUGUGGACAAUGAUGGAAUACUGUCGAAAGAAGAUGUAUUGAUGGUCGGAAACCGAAUUAUUAAAUCAGCUUGUGUAGUUGGAAUUGCAUCGGAUGCACUAAUAAAUGCAUUUAGAGAUAUCGCAAUUGCCUAUGAAGCUGAACAGCAAGAUAUCCUUGAACAAACUUGGGAUCAACAAGUAUUAGAUAUGUGGUCAAACGCUGCAAAGUGUCCGGCAGUUAUUGAAGCAAAUAAAACAUUCUAUAGCAAGCUGUUUCGGGCUUUAGAUUUAAACUCUGACGGUUUUAUCAGUUUCUCCGAGUACAUUCACUUCUGGACUGCUCUCGACCUGGAUCCCAGUCUAGCAAGGAUGCAGUUUGAUUACAUGGACGCGGACCAUGAUGGGAAGAUUUCUGAGAAAGAAUUCGUAGAUGCAGCUAUUGAUUAUGAGCACAAUCAUACUGAUGCUGAUACGAAGAAUCGUUUUUAUGGACCAUUGGUCGAUAUCAAUGAUUGA